GAAAAUGUAACCACUGCCCAAUUCAGUAAAGUCGUGUCCUACAACAUAUAUAUAUCAUCUUUUGAUUCAUUUUACAUGAUGCGCCGCCUAAAUCCAUCCUAGAUCACAAAAAAAAGAGAAUAAAAAGAGCCCUUUUCUUUUCAGAAAUAAAAAUAAACUUGACCAUGUCUGCUUAUACUCCUGUUGAACAAAUUCCUGUUAUUGUUAAAAACUUGCGCGAUCAAUUUGACACAGGUUUAACCAAGGACCUCGAGUUUCGUAAGCAACAAUUAGCCAAUUUGAGUCGUUUCUGUGAAGAACAGAAAAAGACACUGUGUGAUGCUCUUUGGAAGGAUCUGCGUAAACAUGAAAUGGAGUGUGACGUGGGUGAAAUUUCCUCUAUUAUUGCUGAGUGUGCUUUUAUGAUCAAGAACUUGGAUAGUUUUGCUAAACCUACCUAUACCAACAAGCGUUUCUUGAUGAAUGCUGCUGACAAGACAUUUAUCAGAAAAGAAGCAAAAGGUGUUGUUCUUGUGAUUGGUGCAUGGAACUAUCCUGUUAACUUAUUACUGAUGCCUGUGGUGGGUGCUAUUGCAGCUGGUAACUGUAUUGCCAUCAAGCCUUCUGAAGUCUCUCAACAUACGGCUGAAGUUAUGGCUACAGUCUUGCCCAAGUAUUUAGAUCCCCGCGCCUAUCAUGUGAUCACAGGCGGUGUACCUGAAACAACUGUCGUUUUAGAAAAUCGCUUUGAUCAUAUCUUUUAUACGGGUAAUGGUGAAGUAGGUACUAUUGUUAUGACAGCUGCUGCUAAACACUUGACACCUGUCACACUUGAAUUGGGUGGUAAAUCUCCUGCUUUUGUGACUGAAGAUGCUGAUGUGAACAUUACGGCCCAUCGUCUUUUAUGGGGCAAAUACUUUAAUAACGGCCAAACUUGUGUUGCACCCGAUUACAUCCUUUGUGCUAAAAGUAAAUUAGAACCACUUUUGGAAGCUUUCCGAAAGACAGUGGUUGAAUUCUAUGGUACUACACCUCAAAAAUCAAAUUCAUAUGGUCGUAUUGUCAGCACACGUCAGUUUGAUCGCUUAAAGGGUAUGUUAGAUGCCUGUGAUCCCAGUACAGUGGUUAUUGGUGGUGAUACAGAUCGUGAUGAUCUCUUUAUUGCACCCACUGUCGUCAGUCCUGUGGAUCCUUACAACCAUCCCUUAAUGAAACAAGAGAUUUUUGGUCCUAUUCUCCCCAUUGUGCCUGUCGAAGACAUGGAUGAAGCCAUUCGUAUCGUGAACUCAAAACCUCAACCUUUGGCUCUCUAUGUCUUUGCUGGUGCUAAAUACAACUAUAACAAAAUUUUGGACCGUACUUCUUCUGGUGGUGUUCUUAUCAAUGAUAUCUUGAUGCAUCUUCAAGAACUUUCUUUGCCUUUUGGUGGUGUUGGUCCCUCUGGUAUGGGUAAUUACCAUGGUGAAAAGUCCUUUGAGACCUUCACACAUUACAGAUCCACCAUGGUCAAGGAUUUAAUGUCUGAAUCUGUGGUUGCCUGUCGAUACCCUCCUUACAACCAAGACAAGAAAAAUAUCUUGGGUGUCCUGGUCUAUGGUUUACCCCCUAAUCUGGGUAGCAAAUUCUCCGCGAUUUCAAAUGUCUGUGGUUCAUUUUAUAAAUUCCUUUUCAAGAAGCCCAAGGCUGAUCUCGAAAGCAAGCUUUAAUGUGUUUAUUUAAAUAAAACUUGAUAAUGUACCUGUGAAAGCCAUGGAAGAAGCAAUGAAAAUCAAACCAUAAUUUAAGAGUUUGGUCUGAAAAGACAUGGUGUCACCAAAUAAGCGUAGGUUAC